AUGCUGAAGACUCCGAAAAGUAAAGACGCGACCGCGCAGACGGUGGACACUGGCGGCACGCAGCUGGCAAAUGUUCUGAGUGCGCUAACGGAACGAUUAGAAAAACUAUCCACCAUGGGACCAACGGCGGCCUGCUCCGUCCCGGAGAAGUACAAUUUUGGAGACAACUGUCAGCGGUGGGAGAAGCAGGUGAAAAUAUAUCUUGAAAAUUUUCCACCUGAACGUCAUCCCAAUUUGGUGUUAUCUUUACCCGGUGGAGAGGCCUUUGAUGUGGUGACCGAGGCGGACUGCAUGAAGGGGGGCGUCACAGCCGAAACAUUUGCGUGCCUUCGACGGUUAUUAAAUUUACCCCUGCUGCCCAUGGAAUAUAGGAAGCGAUUCAACGUACGGCAUCAAUACGACGGUGAGGGCGUGCAAAGUUUUGUGGGGGAAUUGCGCCAACUAACCAACAGAGCAUGGGAAAAUGGUACGCCCACGGAACUGGAGAAGCUGCUGGAGCAACUAGUCGAGGGGUCCAUAUCCAAUAAUGUACGACGUGAUCUGCUCCUGCACCCACUAGCGGACUUGAAGAUGGCUGUCAAACGUGUAGAACAUCUGGAGAAGCUGGAGGCGGCCACAGCAGCAAUCCAAGAAUGCCUAGCAGUGGGACACCAUGGGGCAUAA